UGUGGAAGACUACAAUCCCACUGGCGCCGGUGUCGCUGUCUUUGGCUCAGUUUCUGUCGACGUGGGAAAAGCGGUCCAAGAGCAAACAACACGCAAAUCUAUGGGUGUAUGCGCUUGAGAUGAUCCGAGUGUCAUGCAAGAGGACGCGUAUUUCUGAAAACAAAUUCCAGCAUGUGGCUCAAACCCGAAGAGGUGCUUCUUAAAAACGCGCUGAAAUUAUGGGUGACGGAGAAAUCCAACGAUUACUUCGUGCUGCAGCGCAGACGCGGAUCCGGAGAGGACAGCGGGGGAUUGACAGGCCUGCUGGUCGGAACUUUGGACACAGUUUUUGACUCUACAGCCAAAGUUGCUCCGUUUCGCAUUUUACACCAGACGCCUGACUCUCAGGUUUACUGGAUUAUCGCCUGUGGAGCAUCUUUAGAGGAGAUCUCACAGCACUGGGACUGGCUUCAGCAGAACAUCAUCAGAACUCUCUCUGUGUUUGACUCUGGUGAAGACAUCACCAGUUUUGUCCAGGGAAAGAUAAGGGGUCUGAUAGCAGAGGAGGGCACAUCCGCAGAUGACGAGGAAGAUCCCGAACGCUUCCGGGAGGCAGUGCUGCGCUUUGAACGUCUGUUUGUUUUGCCUCAGAAAGAGAAGCUUGUGACGUAUUUCUCUUGCAGCUACUGGAGAGGACGAGUGCCAAACCAGGGCUGGAUCUACCUCAGCACCAACUUCCUGUGUUUCUACUCCUAUAUGCUGGGAAAUGAGGUGAAACGAGUGUAUCCCUGGGAUGAAGUGAGCCGUCUGGAACGUACGUCAAGCGUGAUGUUGACAGAGAGCAUCCGUGUGCGUGUGCGUGGAGAGGAUCAUUUCUUUUCAAUGCUCCUGAGACUCCAGCAGACUUAUCUGAUCAUGCAGCAGCUGGCCGACUACGCCAUUGUGCGGUUCUUCGAUAAAGAAACAUUUAAUGCUGAGCAUCCACUAGCCAACCCCCUUCACAUCACGCAAAGGGCUCUGGAAAUACAUGCACGGAAUCAGUCAUUCCGAGCUUUUUUCCGGUUGCCACAGGAGGAAAACCUUUGUGAAGUGUACGAGAGUUUCCUCUGGGUUCCAUUCAGCCACGUCAAUGCGCUUGGAAAAAUCUGUGUCUCUGAGAACUAUCUGUGCUUUGCAAGCCAGGAUGGGUCUCAGUGCCAUCUCAUAAUACCUCUAUGGGAGGUGUUUAGUGUGGAGCUGCCAGACCGCAGUAGCCGUGCCCUGACUGUGUGUCUGCGUGGGAAGAGAGCUUUGCGUUUUUCUGAGGUUCGGGAUUUUGAGCGUCUUGCUGCCACCAUCCGCAGAAAGUGUGUCACAGCAGGAAGCCCCCAGCAUUGUAUCAGUAAUCCGGAUGAGGAGGGUGUGAUGGUGGGGCAAAGUCAAGCUGUCAGCACUGAAGCUCUCAUGAACGUCUUUCAUCCACACGAUGCGGAAAACCUUGACCCCAAAAUGCUGAAGGAGCGAAUGAAGGAGCAGUCGUGGCAGAUCCACUUUGCUGAAUAUGGCCGUGGAACCGGAAUGUUUUGCACCAAAAAAACACGUGAUCUCAUUGUACGAGGAGUUCCAGAGACUCUCAGAGGAGAACUGUGGAUGCUCUUUUCAGGUGCAGUGCAUGACAUGACCUCUCACCCUGGGUACUAUGGACGCCUGCUGGAGGAGUGCAUGGGCAGCAGCUCACUCGCAUGUGAUGAGAUUGAGAGAGAUCUGCAUCGCUCUCUCCCAGAACACCCAGCAUUCCAGAGUGACACAGGAAUCUCGGCACUUCGCCGCGUCCUGACUGCCUAUGCUCACCGCAACCCCAAAAUCGGCUACUGCCAGGCGAUGAAUAUCCUGACGUCGGUGUUGUUGCUGUAUGCUAAAGAGGAAGAGGCCUUCUGGCUGCUGGUUGCUGUGUGUGAACGAAUGCUCCCAGACUACUUCAAUCGCAGAAUUAUUGGUGCAUUGGUGGACCAAGCCGUGUUCGAGGAACUGAUCCGUGAGCAUCUAACCCAGCUGACCGAACACAUGACAGACCUGUCGUUCUUCUCCUCAGUGUCGUUGUCAUGGUUCCUGACUCUCUUUAUCAGUGUACUGCCAAUUGAAAGUGCCGUGAAUGUUGUCGAUUGCUUCUUUUAUGAUGGAAUCAAAGCCAUUCUGCAGCUUGGCCUUGCUGUGCUCGACUACAAUAUGGACAAUCUGCUUUGUUGCCAUGACGACGCAGAAGCCGUCACGGUCCUCAACAGGUUUUUUGACAAUGUCACAAAUAAAGACAGUCCUCUACCAGCUACCGUGCAGCAGGCAUCUGCAACAACCAAUGACAAAUCAGUACAAAAGGUUGACAUUUGUGAUCUCAUCAAAGAGGCGUACGAGAAAUAUGGAGACAUUCGAACAGAGGAAGUGGAAAACAUGCGAAAGAAGAACAAGCUUUAUGUCAUUCAGACAUUAGAGGACACAACAAAACAAAAUGUAUUGCGUGUUGUUGCUCAAGGUGUGAAGUUCAGUGCUGCUCAGCUGGAUGAGCUCUACUUGCUUUUUAAGAGGCAGCACUUUGUGAGCUGUUACUGGUCAGUGUGCAGUCCUUCCCUGCAGAACCAUGACCCAAGCCUUCCUUAUCUGGACCAGUAUCAGCUGGAUCAGUCCCAGUUUAGUUGCCUGUUUAACCUCCUGCUGCCAUGGACCACACAUAUGCAUGCAUGCUCGCUGGCAAGAUCAGCCUUUCAUAUUCUGGACGAGAAUGGAGAUGGACUUGUGAACUUUAAAGAAUUCAUAUGCGGUCUGGAUAUCUUAUACAACCGAUCAUUCACAGAAAAACUAAAACUUCUCUUCAAACUACACCUUCAACCAGGGACCCAGGAGUGUAAGAUUUUACCGUCGUCUAGAUUUUUUCCUCCAGCUGAAGAUCACUCUUUCUCCACUCAUCUUUCUGACUCUGCAGAGGAUGGAGUGAUCAGAAAAUGUCCAGAGAGAGGUCGUGCUAAAGUAGAUCUGCAAGAAUAUCUGAAACAGUGGCAGGAAGACUUGCAGCGGAGAGAUGAGAAUAUUAAAGACCUGCCCAGAAUUAAUCAGGUGCAGUUUAUUCGUUUGACGAAGACUCUGUAUGGUGUGUUCCACGGUGAUGAGGAGGAGGAGAGUCUGUACCGUGCCGUGGCGCGAGUGACCAGUCUUCUGUUGCGCAUGGAGGAGGUGGGGCGGAAGCUACAGCAGGGCAGCCCGCAGAAAACACCCCAAAAUACACCCACCAGCACGGCUGAGACAGAGACCUCCCCAACAUUACCCACCAGCCCUGAGGCCGAGACCCUCUCUGAGGGUGAAGGCACCCAGGACCACACUGAGUCUCUGGUCAGUCAACAGGAAACCGCCCCGUCCCGCUCUGACAUUACCCCAAACUCAACCUCGCGCCCUUCUACGCCCACCAGCAGUCCAACCGGAACCAGCAGCCCUGUGUUGGACACGCCAACAGACAUUCCCAGCUCACCCUCCACGGUCAGAGAUGGGGACUGGAGUUUCUCCUUUGAGCAGAUUCUCGCAUCUCUCCUGAAUGAACCGUCUGUCGUUCGCUUCUUCGAACGGGCUGUUGACACAAACGCUCUGAUCGCACACGCACGUAAAAACCAGCUUAAAGACGCACACUAAAACACUAUUCGGAGCAAUCACAGCAAAACACUGCCCUACAAGCCAUAAGCCCUUCCUCCUCUCUUUCUCUUUCUCUGUGCAACCUCUACAGGUCAGUGUUUGUGAAACACUUAUAUGUCUGUUAAAUAUGAGGAAAUCGUUUCAUUUAUAUAUAAAUGCACAUAUGCAGGUCAAAGGGACAAAAAAAGAUUUGAGGUAUAAAAUGAUUCAGAUUGUAUAAUGUGAGGAAAGAAGUAAAACGGGUAUGAGGUUAUUUAAUGUCAAAUAAAUGAUUAGUGUUAUUAGAUUUUAUUCAUGUGUUAUGGAUAGGUGAUAUAAUAUAGAUGAAGGUAUUAUGAUGUAUUAUAGAGAACUGAAUGAGGUGUUCUACUCUAAAUGAUCAUAUAAAUGGCACCUGUGAUUUGGGAUGAUGGCAUGAAAAGGCUUUGCCUUCUUUAUUUGUUACCUCAGAAUAUUCCUCCAGCUCUCAUUCCCAGCCUGACCUAAUUCACGUAAGCACAUGUAAAACCACAAAAGGUAGGAUAAUUCUAAGGGAAAUCAAAGUGCUAUGCUGUUGAACUGCUUUGUUCAAAAUAUCUCAGUCCAUUAAACAUGUCACCUGGCAUUACUUACCCUACUAAAAUGCUCUUUGAAAUCAAAUUGUUGUUCUUUUUGUAGAGGUUUGAUUAGGAUAUCUCAAAAUUGGGCUAAUGCCAAUCAGGAGGCAGAGUUGAGUCGGCAUCAUAUCCAUCGCAUUGAAGGUCUGUAUUAGGAAUCCAGAUCAUAUAGCCGUUUAAUUCGGAUUCACUGAAUGUGUUUGUGUCUACAAACCGGAAUCUGUGGUUUAUGCCUUAUUAGUUUUUGAUUCAGGUAUUCACGGAUACGAAUAUCACAAGUGCUUCCAUUUAACGAAACCUAUUUCAUCUUUCCUCUUAUUGAUUUGUAAACAUUUAUCGCAACCAUUUAUAAGAUUUGAUUCCAAAUAAUGCACAUUUUGUCAUAAAACAAGGAUAUUUUCUGCCAUUAUUUUCUCAUACAGCACAUACUGAAAUGCUUUAGCAAGAAAAAUAUGUACAACUAUUGCGCUGUAAAUUAUAUGCAAAGUGAAUAAGUAAUUUUUCUGUCAGAGUUCGUGUAAUCAAACCUGUAAGAAAAACUAAGUGAUGAGUCCACCAAUCGUACGUAAAAUAUGUUGUAUGAUGCUUAAAAUGGACCAAUGAAUAUGCAGAAUUGUUCUUAGUUUUCAGCUUUGUGUAAAUGUUGAGAGCUUGUGAUGAAUGCAAAAAGGGAAGUUGAUAUUUUGUGGUUAUUCUGUUUAAAGCUAUGUCAGGUCUGUACCAUCUAAACAGGUUUUUCGUUCCAUGUUUAAUGAAGUAAUUAAGUUCUUCUAAAGCUAAAAGGCGCCCAAGAGAAGGAAGCCAUAGUGCGUAUUUUGUAUUUGUUUGGUUGUUUGUCUAAGAAAAAUGCUUUUUUGUUUUGCUUUCUUGCGCACAAACCUUCAAUUCUAUAGUAAAACCUCUCUGGACAUUGCAGAUGAAGUUGAAUUGAAAGCUAAAUUAUUAGUGUUCCAUCUUCCUGUUCAUAUUCAUGUAUUGCGGGGUAAAAGUGUGGUCGUUUUGAUUAGAUUUUUUUUCUUUGUUACAAACUGUGCCUCAUAAACUCUGUCACAUAGUGAAAAUUGAAUGAUAAAAUAAAAUGUAUGAAGAAAACAUC